CCCUCCUCCUCCUCCUCCACCAGUUUACGUGAAGUCACUGACACCAGUCCGGAGCUGAUCACACUGCACAGGAGAAGCAGACGCACUGAGAAGACGGAGAGCAAGACCCAAGAUGCCGCUGCCUCCUCCAUGUUGUGGUCUCAUCGUUGUUGGUUCCCAACUUCCAGUUCCUCUCAAGGGGAUCUUUGUUGACGUCCAGGUGAAAGGCUUUGUGGCUGAUGUGUCUGCUACGCUCAAGUACAAGAAUGAGGAGGAGAAGGCUGUGGAGGCCAUCUUUGUAUUCCCCAUGGAUGAAGACUCAGCUGUCUACAGCUUUGAGGCCAAAGUUGAGGGAAAGACCAUUGUAGCCGAUCUCCAGGAAAAGGAACAGGCUCAUAAGACCUACGAUGAGGCCAUCAGCCAAGGCCAGCAGGCUUUUCUUCUGGAAGAAGACAAAAGCUCUGCUGAUGUUUUCAGCUGCAUUGUUGGGAACCUGCCACCUGGUCAGGAGGCUGAAGUGACAUUAAAAUAUGUGCGGGAGCUUCCAGUCGAGGCUGACGGUGCCGUCCGAUUUGUGCUUCCUGCUGUCCUCAACCCCAGAUAUACCCCAAAAGACCAACCUGUGAGUGUGACUGCCACACGCCCACAGGUGCCUAUAGGAGAGAUCCCGUACACCCUGAGUCUGAGCGCACACUUCCAGUCUGCAUUCGGCAUUGUCAAGAUAGUAUCCAACUGUGAUAUCAGCCCUGUGGAGUACACUAAUGAGGACAAGACCGCAGCCAAGGUAUCGCUGGCUGAGGGACACAAGUUUAAGAGAGACGUGGAGCUCCUUGCCUAUUACUCAGAGGUGAACAAACCGAGUGUGACUGUGGAGGCUGAUGCUGCCAAGGAGCCAAAGUCAUCAGGAUCUUUGAUGACCGAGUCUGUCACCAUGUUGAACUUCUAUCCCAGUUUCCCACCCGUGCAGGAACAGACAAACUGUGGAGAAUUUAUCUUUGUGGUGGACCGGUCCGGGAGUAUGAAUUGUGCAAUGAAUUCAGAGCCAAAUGCUCUACAACGUAUUGACAGUGCGAAGGAGACCCUCAUCCUUCUAUUGAAGAGUUUGCCUCUUGGGUGUUACUUUAAUAUUUUUGGAUUUGGUUCCUAUUUUGAGUCUUUCUUCACGGAGAGUAAGGAGUAUACACAACAAUCCAUGGAAGAAGCUGUUAAGAAGGUCAAGGAGAUGAAAGCCAACUUUGGAGGAACAGAAAUCUUGAGCCCUUUGAAGAAAAUCUAUGAUACCGCUGGGAGGCCAGACCACCCAAGACAGCUUUUUCUCUUCACGGAUGGAGAGGUUGGGAACACAAAAGAAGUGAUUGAUGAAGUCCAGAAAAAUUCUCAUAAUCACAGAUGCUUCGCAUUUGGCAUCGGUGAGGGAGCCUCCACAUCCCUCAUCAAAGGUAUGGCCCGAGCAGGUAGUGGAACAUUUGAGUUCAUCACCGGCAAAGACAGAAUGCAAACCAAGGUUCUUCGAGCUCUAAAAUGUUCCUUACAGCCCACUGUGAAGAAUGUCUCCCUGACUUGGUCUCUUCCCUCUGGCAUGGAAGCCAUUCUCCUGUCUAAGGUCCCCACCUCCAUCUUCCAGGGACAAAGGUCCAUUGUGUAUGCCCAACUGAAAGGAAAGGUGGAGACUGAAGCGGAGGGUGAGGUUUGCCUGCAGUACAAUUUUAAGGAUGAGCUUUUGAAGAACACCAUUCGUUUCCCUCUUAAAGUGGAGAAAGCUGAAAGACCCACCAUCCAUAGACUGGCAGCCAAGUCUCUGAUCUCUGAGCUGGAAUGUGGAAAGGACUCUAGAUCCGAGGAUGGGAAGAAGAGGAUCCUGGAGGUCAGUCUAGAGUCUGGAGUCAUCUCCUCGCUUACUGCCUUUGUUGCUGUUAAUAAGGACACCAAGACUCCAGUGGAAGGUCCUCCAGUACAAAGAGACAUCCCUGCUCCAGGUUUUAUGCAUGGAAUGAUGUAUCCGUCGUUUGGCUCGUCAAUGCCACUAAUGGGUAGUGGUGGACCAUUAGUUUUGGGGUAUCAUAGUAUGUCUCAGCGAAGAGCGACACGAAUGGCAAGUUUAGAUUCUCGUCCCGUGUCAGGCCGACAACUAGACACGCCGACCGCAGCUUCUCACAGCCAGAUGCCGCCCUUGACCCGCCACUCCCGCCACUUCCUGAAGCACCGCUCCGCCGCUGCCACUGGAAAUCUUCAAGAAACUUCGGCUCUUUUGCCACUGCCGCCGACGCCGCAACGAUGUCUUCACACACGGGAUGCUUCCUUCUUGCUUGAAGAUUCCAACAGCCAAGACCCAGCUGAAUGCAUGGAUAUGUCACCACCACCAGCUCAAGUCCAGAAGAUCCCCCCUUUCGUCAGUUUGAUUUCCCUGCAAAACGCUGAUGGUUCCUGGAAUCUUACCCCAGAAUUCUGCUCCAUUCUGGGAAUAUCAGAGCAGGACAUUAUUAACAAGAAUCCAGAACAGAAUAUGGACUCAUCAGUGUGGGCGACGGUCUUGGCGGUGAUCUGGCUCCAUGCAUCUUGUCUGGACCAGAGAGAGGAAUGGGAAUUACUGGAAGGUAAAGCCAUCUCCUGGCUUAAGGCUAAAGCAGGUUCCUCCUUGGAUCGGUUGGUCAGAGCUGGAAAUGAUCUGCUGAAAUCCUCUGUGAAUCCUAAUGUGUUUGGCCUGUGAGAGGAAGAAUGAAGAUGGUGGAGGUCUUCGGGUACGACCACACGGUCAGGUCUCUGCAUGCAAUUUUGGAAGCCAAACUCAGGAGUGGAUCAUAAAAGGAGAGAAAAUAUAAAAGGAGAAAUAGAACUUCUCCUAUUUUUUUUUAACUCGCUUCUGGUUUGGGCUUCCGAAACUGCAAGCGGAAACCCGACUGUGUGGUUGUACCCUUCUAAGGAAUACUGCCGCUCUCCAGAAUUGUACUGCUUCUCACCUUUACUUUGGAAUCAAUUUUCAUGAUAACAUUUUUGUGCCUUAUUACUCUUGAAAUGAGAUAAAAGCCAAAGAUGCAAGUGAUAAGUCUAGAGAAUCAUCUUCUAGUUAUAUUCUCAUUACACAGACCUGUUAAUGUUCACUUAUUUUUAGAAUGUACAGAGCAGCUCCACUGAAAUAUAUGCAUACAUGGAGAGAGGCCUUAGGGGUGUAUUGACACUUGGGAAGGUAGUAGUGCAGAAGUAAACCACUCUACAACUCCACCCUAAAAACUGGAUUAUUUCUUACCACACUCAAUCAAUAGAUACCAAUCAAUAGUACAUGUGAAUAUAAGAAAUUUUGUAAUGCAUUUCAUCAGAGAAAUUAUGCCUCAUUCAACACUUUUCAGAAUUUUCUCUCCCUCUCCUCCUAAAUCAACAUUCUUUGCUAAAUCCACCUUGAGAGACUGAUAAGGACUGUCAGCUCACUGAAGGAUCAGAUUAUAGCUGCCAAUAGAAGUCUAUGGCGAGGGAAGGAGGCGUGAACUACUAGAGGGAAAAA